GUGAGAUGAGGUCUUCUCUGUAGUGCGGUGAGGUUCGGCGAUUCUCGCUUGUCCUCAUGGAUGCUUGCCACAUGAUUGACCGCCAGGGUACAGCGGUACUUGCAGCAUGUGCAUGUUUAGACGCAUAGCAACAUGCAAGCCCGACUGAUUUCCGAAGCAGUGACUUGCAUGUUUCUGCCGGGCUAGGCCAUUCCAAGCUGGUUUGAUGGCACUCUUAAGACGGUGGAUGUCCCACUUUCCUUGCUUCUCUAGUUUUGCAGACUGAACGAUCGUACAUCCCCUCUUAAGCCUUUUUGCUGUUACGAAAAUACCGGGCAAGUAGCCACACACAGUCUACCAAGACAGAAAAGGAUACACACACCAUGGCCUCCGUCCAAACCCAAACAAUGUCUACCCCCCACACAUUCACAACCGUCCUACGCGGGCACAGCAACACACCCACCCUCAAACCGUCAACCCGCUCAACCCGCGCCAGCAAACCCCUCCUAGCCUAUUCACCCAACAUCGCCCCCGCGCAUCCAGACAUCAACAUGACGCUCCUCCGCAACAAGCUCAUACUCACAUGCCGGAACUACAUCCCCAGGUCUCUGCUCCACGAAGCCGUCGCCGAUGGGAUCUGGUCCUCGGCCUCACGCUGGAUAACACCCUCCUCGCAAACGGCAUCAAAAUACGGCAAGAGAAAGAGAUACUACGUCCUACACACCGACACUUUUACAUUCCAGCCCGUGAGUUCGGCGUGGGAAGCGCGCAUCGUCGCCGACUCGGCGCCCAUCGACGCAGGGAACGGGGUCGGUAUUUUCGUGAAGGAGAGGAAAGAGUGGACGGCGUUUAUGCGCGGGUAUAAGAGGCAAGGGAAACGGGGCGCGGGGCAGCUGCUUAAGGAGAAGCAGCAGAGUGUUGAGCGGGGCUGGAAGGAGGAGUGGAAGAGGAAGUGUGGAUUGAGCGGUGAGGGGGGUGGUUCGCCGGGGAAGGGGAGUGCAAAGAGGGAGGUUAAUGCGGGGCCUAUGUGGGUGCUUGUCAAAGGCGCUGUUGGUAGAAUUGUGAGGGGCGAAGCCUGAAGAUGGUGAUCUUGGGCUCGUCACCAGGACUGUUUGUUUCUUUGCAGCGUGGGUCUGGAUUUUUGC